UCUUGGUCCUCGACGUUUUGUAAUGAUUGGAGAGUUAACAGUGUAUGCAUGUUGAUGAACGAUUGUCGAUCGGUCGUGAAAAAUGUUAAUAUUAUGAGAAACCGAGAUUCCAGAUUGUCUUCCUAUUCCAAUAUAUCUUGUCGUUCGAAGUGUCACACGUGCCGCGGAAUAUAACCUAUGACGUAGGGACUUUGUAAACAUCAAAAGCACACAAACAGCAGGUGGCUUCGGUAAAAGAUCGAAUGUUUACUAAAAAAGUACAUGUCAUUUUGAUAACGCUAAGGAAAUCGCUGUGUAAAGCAUUUGCGGAGGCCCUUUGGAAAUGAAAAUAACGAAAUCCACUGUUGUCCUUCUAGUCUUUGUACUAAUACUGUCGAUACUUGUAGCGAAUGUUGCCGAUCUGAUCAAUGUUGAUACGCAUGUAUUAGACGAUACUUUGUCUAACAAAAACGUGAGGACAGAAUGGUCACGGCCAAAGUUUUAUAGCAUUGGAACGUCGUUCGACCAUUUGAUCUGGUUUUUACAGAUAUCAGAUAUACAUAUAAGUAUAUUUCAAGAUCCAUUUAGGAUAGUAGAAUUAAAAGAAUUCUGUAAUGUGACCGUGGAUAACAUUAAACCAUCUGUUGUGCUUGCUUCGGGGGACCUCACAGAUGCAAAAGCCAAAGAUGAAACAGGAUCAAAGCAAAUAUUAAAAGAAUGGGAACAUUACAAACGUAUUUUAGAUGACACAGAAGUUACCAAGAAAACUUUAUGGUUAGAUGUGAGAGGCAAUCAUGAUAACUUUAAUGUGGUUAGUCUUGAAUCAAAAAAUAAUUAUUAUUCCAACUAUUCUAUCCAAGGGAAAAAACACCCACGGUCUUAUAUGUAUAAUAUAAAUACUGGUUCUGAAUUAUACACAUUUAUUGCGAUAGAUGCUUGCUUAAAACCUGGUCCAAGAAGACCAUUUAAUUUUGUUGGUGUAUUAGAUGAACAAGAAAUUAGAAGUAUACAUGGGCUAGUGAAUAAGUCUCAGGAAAAUAAUGCAGAUUUUAUAAUAUGGUUUGGUCACUAUCCCACUUCAUGUAUACUUUCUCAAACAAAUACAGGUGUUAGAAAUCUCAUAGGCAGGCACAAGGAAAGCAUGGUAUAUCUCUGUGGUCAUUAUCAUAUGCUUGGCGGAGCGGUACCUAAUAUGUACACGCUACAGCAAAUUGGAUUCCUUGAACUAGAAUUAGCAGACUGGAAAGAUAACAGAAUGUAUCGUCUGGCAGCAAUAGAUCAUGGUCAGUUCUCUUUUAUUGAUGUGAAGCAUGAUGAAUGGCCUGUAGUAUUGAUUACCAAUCCUAAACAUGCUUUGUAUAUGAUGCCCAGGAAAGAAAAUUUAAUGUCGAUUCUUAAAUCUACACACAUUAGAGUACUGGCGUUUUCAACAGUACCAAUAAAGGAUGUUCAAGUUCAACUGGAUGAUGUUGCUUGGUUGGAAUGUAAACACGUUAAAGGGCCGCUCUAUACUUCAAUAUGGAAUACAACAAAGUACAGAGAUGGAAUACACACUAUUCGAGUACGAGUCGUAGAUAUCGAUGGCAGAGAGAAAAUAUUGUUUCAACCAUUUGCUCUUGAUGGAUCUCGUUUAUCAUUCAGUAUUUUGCCCAGAAUAAUUCUCAUGUCCAAUGCCAGCAACAUUUUUCAAUUCUUAUUCGGGACAGUAUUGGCUUUCUUAGUUGUUCCCCUGUGUCUAUUACGUUUCCUUCAUAUAUUAUGCGAAAGGAAGCAGAUGCAUCGACCACGAUUUCGAACAAAGUUUUUUCACUCGUGGUUCAGAAAAUUGUGGGUCUUGUCUACCGUUGACCGCCUUUUUUUCCCAGUGGUACUAUAUGCAUUGUAUUUAACCGUUGGUCCUUGGGCCAUUGGUGAAGUAAUAGAUGAUCAUACCGGUAUAAUUUUUGCUUGGGGAACAUUUGUUGGAAAUUCUUACCUUCCCGGUGCCUUUACCUAUGCUUAUGGGUGUUUCCAAUUAUUUUCGUUCCAUUUACCACUCAUGUUAAUCUUAGCACACAGGGUGGAUAAACGGUUACAAACUAUUAGCAAACCCGAUAAUAAGUCGUUAUCGAAGGUUUGUCUUCUAUGGCAACACACACCAAUAAUAUUAUUGAUUCUAAUGCAAGCAAAUAUGGCUUAUUUCUUUUGGUUGGCAUAUGGGACGUUAGCUACCGUGUUAUGUCCUUUACGCACUUGGAGCAUUUUCUUAGCAAUAAUGUUAUGGCACCAAAUAAACGCAAUGCCAGAAUCAUGUCUAAGGUCUGCAGCAGCGAUUUGGUCAUCUCAUGGUUAAUUUGUACAUGGUGUAACAAUUCACUACCAUAAUGUAGUAAAUUAUUAAAUUUUAUUUAUUACGUAGUUAAACAACUUUCACGCUUUUGCGUAAACGUCAGUGAAUUAAAACGUGUAAUCAUAGAAAGUAUGUUGAUAACAAAUUUUAAUAGUCUGUACCUACUAAAUGUGAAGCAUUUAAUUUGUUAUGUGUCAAAGAUUAACCACGAUCAAUUUCAUGGAUUUGUGCCAGUGUAUGUAUACGAUUUAUUUCGAAAACGUACUUUGCUUCUCUUUAUGUUGUCAAAAAAAAUCUAAAUUUAGAAAUCAUUUACACGUAACUGUACAUUACAAUUCAAUAAGUUCCUGCAAAGAGAGCCACAGUAUUUGCUAACUAAUGAAAUUACGGCAAAGACUGUUUACAUUUGUUAUAUAAUUACCAAUAUCUGUUUACUAAUUAUUAUUAUUUACACGCGAUUAAAUAUAUUGCUAGAUUGUUUGAAAUUCAAUGUGUGGAAAUAUGUAUUUCUACUUGUUCGUUAUAAAUAUUGUACAGGGUUAACUAACCUUUUGAUCCUUUAGACUAUUCUUAAAAUAAUUUAUUCUUUCAAUUAGUAAUUGUAAUGCUUCCGCAUUAUAUUUUAACUUCACAUGGACAUUGUAAGAUAUGCUAUGUAUUAUUGUCAAAGUGAGAGAAAGAAAGGGAAAGUGUGCUGCCAUUGUAUCUGCGUUAUGUUUGGGUUUGUAACUACAUUAGAAUUCUAUUUAAAAUAAGCAGAUAGAAAAGGCAAUAUGUAUGUAUAAUGCAGACCUGGAUACUUUUAUAUCGAUUUUUUUUUUUAAAUAAAAUUUGUCCAGGUCUGAUGUAAAGUGGAUUCUAACAUGUGGGGUCCAUUGUAGCGGUAAAUCGAGGAUACAAAAACAACGACGCAAGUUCAUACAAACUAGAGAUUCCCAUUACACGUGUAACGAGUCAUUCGCUAUAUCACACCUGUUUUCCGUAUCUAGAAAUGUCCUGGACAUUUCUCUCGAAUUUUAUGUAAUUUGUAAUUGCAAUUAGGAUAUAAUUACAAAAAGAAUGUAAUUAAAUUACAUUAAUUAUGAAUUAGUAGAUAAGAACUUCAGACAUCAAUUAUUAUGAGCGACGGAUAUUAUUCGUAAAUUCAUAAUAUCAUAAUGGAAAUAAGAUCUAUAUUUUUCCUAACUUCAAAGAUAAAUAUUACAAAAAUUAAAAAUGAUAAGUUACAUAUUAUGUAUAAAAAGAGAAAAAUACAUAUUAUAGGCAAGAAGCGUGUAUACAUUCGUAAUAUGCAUUUUCACAAGUAAGAUCUAAUUAAUUUGGAUCGUUAAAAAAAAAAAUCAAUUAUAUUGAUUGGGAAUCGAACUCGGGUCUAUUAGCGUAGAACACCAGUGCCUUAUCAUCACGCCACCACUAAAUUUGAUGAACGUUGUGACCAAACGGUAUUUUAUCACAUCGAUGAAACAUUAAUUAUAAACGUCUAAAAAACUAUGUUAUCCAAACAUUGCCCAAACGUUGUCUGAGUUUUUGAUAAUCCGAAAAAGUUGUAUGGUUUCUCUGCAAAAAGGGUAGAAAAAACUUCAAAAAGACCUCCUUAAUACGUUAACGAUCAUGGUGGUCACUGAUGACAUAAAAUGCUCAAUAUAUUUUUCGUUAUUAUCUUCUGUAUUACUUUAUUUACAUUAUUUUUUUGUUACGUAAUAAAUUGUGAUAGAUAUUAGAUAUUAGAUAUUACGAAUACGUCAGAUUUUUUUUUUUUAACAAUUUGUUUAGUAAUUGUAAGCAUUUGUAUACUAACAGCUAUGCUGUGCUAAUACUUCUCUCCAGCAUUGUAGUUAUAUGGACUUUUUUCAUUGUUUUGUAUCCGCAAUCCACCGCUGAGGUGGAUACGUGUUAGAAUACACACAGCAAGCGAACAAUAAUUAUCAGAAUUUGUUAUAAAAAUAUUCUAUGGUAUUAAUCUCCUAUAAAUAUUUUCUUGUUAAAAUAUAGGUUCACUUUGAACUUAAUUUAAUCUAUGUUUGAAUUCUGUUCGCUCGAGUUUCAACUCUGUGAUAAUAAGCGAGUAUAUUAAAAACGAAAGCAGCAUAGUUGAAUAGAGAAACCUAAUGUUUUUAGUUUACCAAGCAUUCAUUACGAAAAAUAGAUUUAAUUUUGAUCGGAUGUAUCGGAAUGAUUGAAGUUGGUAUUUAAAAAGAUAAUGCAAAAUUGUACAGCGAAGUUGACAUCUUUUUCAAGAUGUAAAUCAGUAUUUCAUUAGAAGAUAGAUUUUAUUGCUAUUCUAUAUUUUUCUACAGACAAUCUAAUUGUCUCUAUUCUUGAACACGAUCUCAGAACUGCAAGUGUGAUCUCAAUAAACCAAUGGUUCCCAAUCGUUAACAGUCACGAAUUUCUUCCAUAGAUAUCGCCAAAUUUCGUGGAUCGGUUUUACGAUUUUGAAUGUAACGUUUGUGUUUCUUAUAUUUGUCGAUGAACAUAUAUUUCUCGUCGUUAAAUUAUUUUCCUGUGCUUUCUCAAAACAAUUCUUAGAGUUUCAACAAAUUGUAUCAGUGAUUAUUGGGAAUUAUCGUGAUAAAGUUACUUAUAUCAUCAAAUACAUAUAGUUAAAGUAUUUUGUAAUGCACUGCGAGCAAAAUAAAAAAUAAUA